AAACCACUCAGAAGGGCAGCGCCGAUGGGGAUCUGCACCUCGUGCGAGGCGGCGACGGCGGCGGCGACGCCGGCGGCGACGGCUAAGGUGAUCCUCCCGGACGGCGAGCUCCGGGAGUACAACCGCCCGGUAAGAGUCUCUCACGUGCUCCAGAAGGACCCCACGUGCUUCGUCUGCGACGCUGACGUGAUGGAGAUCGAUGGGUUCGUCUCCGCCGUCGGCGCCGACGAGGAGCUCUGGCCGGGGAACCUCUACUUCCUCCUCCCGAGGACAAUGCUGAAGCACCGGCUCCACGCGGAGGACCUGGCCGCGCUCGCCGUGCGGGGGAGUGCCGCGCUUAUGAACUCGGUCCCCGCCAAGGAACGGAUCCGACAGGGGACGGCGAUGUCUCCGCUGGUGUUCGACGUCGGGUCCGGGGAGGGCGCGGCGGUGGGCGGCGAGGUUCCGGCGGCGAAGGAGGAGAGGAGGAAGCCUGAUAAAAAGGGCCGUGGCAUUGGGCGUAAAUUUACGCCAGAGCUGAGUGCAAUUUCGGAAUAGAAAAAGUCCUGGGGUAUUCUCUUGCGGUGGGUGCUGAAAUCUUAAGCUUAUGGGUACUCGGAUCAUCGGCUUGGGCUGCACGAUCUGGACCGUCGAAAUCUACAUCUGCAGUUUCGACUGGGAAUCAGGAAUUAAACGCUGAUCAAGGGAUCUGGGAUUGGACGGACGGGUUUCAGCGCUGUAGAUAAUAUGAUGAUGGGAAAGGCGUUGAGUUUAGGGUUGGAUCGUUCCGCUGAUAGUGGACGGCAAUUUUGCUCUCUUUCUGUAAAUAAAUCACUGUAAUUGAGGAAGUUAAUUAAUUACGGGAACCAGAAAAUUAAUUAGAUUUCUCUGGCACUGAAAUGUGGUGGCUGGGCCCAGCUACUUUGGGUUGGACUUGGAUCUAAAAUUUGUGGAAAACCAAGAUCCGGCCCGAUCAUGACUCGAGCCUAACCUCGGGCCCAAGUGAACCAGAUU